AUGGCAGCUCAGAGAGAUUUAGAAAGCCAGAGGAAAACCUCGGAUGAGCGGACCCCGCUGCUGGGGACGUCCGCCGGGGACGAGGCAAACCAGCAACAUGCCCGGGAUCGGGGCGACGACGACGACCGCAGUGGGGAACACGAAGACGUAGAACAGGUUCCUUUGAUCGCAUCUCAGGAUGGGGAGGGAGAAAAUAAGCGCACGACCGGUUGGUGGCUGUGGAGAGCUUUCUGGGUCGUCCUUGCUGUUUUCUUCUUGACCAUCUUUAUCAAAGGCUGGAUUGAUGCCAAGGACACGAACUUUGACCUCAAAGCAGCACUUAAAAGGGCCCUUGGUGGUGGUUUGAGUGGUGCUGCGGCUAUGGUCUUGCAAGUGUUGACUCUCAUGCCUAUAAGGACGAUCAUGAACUAUCAGUACCGAUUCGGGACUGGAUUCCAAGAGGCUGUCAGUACUCUUUAUCAGGACGGCGGAGUGCGAAGAUACUACCAGGGUAUUGGGGCUGCCCUCAUUCAAGGACCCGUAUCUAGGUUCGGCGACACCGCUGCCAAUGCCGGCAUUCUUGCCCUCCUUGAGUCGAAUUCCUUCCUGAACCAGCUGCCUACGCUCAUCAAGACAAUCUUCGCUUCUCUUUGCGCUGCUGCUUUCCGCAUGAUCCUGACGCCCAUCGAUACUCUCAAGACCACACUGCAGGCUCAAGGCUCCAAGGGUACCGCCAUCCUCCGCAAGCGUAUCAAGACGCAUGGCGUUGGAAGCUUAUGGUGGGGUGCCUUUGCAACAGCUGCAGCGACAUUCGUUGGGCAUUACCCCUGGUUUGGAACAUACAACUAUCUCUCCGCCAACAUCCCUGAGCCGGAAAAGGGCCACUUAUUUUUAUGGCUUCUCCGCCUUGCUUUCAUCGGGUUUUGCGCUUCGAUCAUCUCGGACUCAGUGUCGAACUCCCUUAGAGUGGUAAAAACCUACCGGCAGGUCAAUGACACCCAAGUGUCCUAUUCAAAGGCAGCAAAGCUUGUCAUCCAGCGAGACGGGUUCGUCGGCUUCCUUGGGCGUGGCCUCAAGACCCGCAUUCUUGCCAACGGUCUGCAAGGCAUUCUCUUUUCCAUCUUGUGGAAGCUUUUCCUUGACCUGUGA